AUGCAGCAACCAUGUAUUUUUCAUGUUCUGUUUCUGGUCUGGUUUUUAAUCGGGUCGAGUUUGAGCCAACCGGGUCAAAGAGACGAUCUUAAAACUCUUCUGGAAGUGAAGAAGUCUCUUGUCACGAACCCGAAAGAAGAAAAGGUUCUCGGAGACUGGAAUUCCGAUGAUCCAAAUUUCUGCAAGUGGAGGGGCGUCACGUGCCGUGGUGGAUUAGUCGUCGGUUUAAAUCUCUCCGAUUUGGGCUUAACCGGUUCGAUUUCUCCUUCGAUUGGCCGGUUAAUAAACCUAAUCGAACUCGAUCUGUCGUCAAACAAGCUCGAAGGACCGAUUCCAAAGACUAUAUGUUCUAACAAGACAAGUCUGGAGCAACUGGGAUUGUCGGGAAAUGAGCUUUCCGGCGAGAUUCCGGAGGAAAUCAGCCAAUGCAAGUCACUACGAGUGCUGAAUUUGGCGGACAACAAGCUCACGGGUCGAAUCCCAGAGUCGUUGUUUCAGCUCGUGGAACUCACGGCGCUUGCUCUUUUCAACAACAGGUUGCAAGAAAAUUGGAAAUUCUGUAUCUAUACGAGAAUCGGUUUUCCGGAGAUUGGAAACUGCACGAAUCUGGAGCAGAUUGAUCUGUAUCGGAAUCAUUUCAGUGGAGAGAUUCCAUCUUCAAUUGGAAGAUUGAAAGAGCUCACUUACCUUCACUUGAGAGAGAACCAGUUUGCUGGUAACAUUCCGGCCAGUUUAGGAAACUGUAACCAGCUGACGCUUCUUGAUCUAGCGAAUAGCCAGCUCUCCGGUUCGAUUCCUUCCUCGUUGGGAUUCUUAAAGUCGUUACAAGAGCUAUACCUUUAUAACAACUCUCUUGAGGGGAAUCUUCCGAGCUCACUUAUCAACCUCAAGAAUCUGACAAGGCUCGACCUUUCCAGAAACAAGCUCAAUGGAUCCAUCAGUCCCUUGUCCGGUUCGAGCUCCUAUCUCUCGUUUAGUGUCACAGGAAACCGAUUCCAAGGAGACAUACCUCUUGAUCUAGGCAAGUCUCCGAAUCUUGAUCGUCUUAGGUUGGGGAAUAAUCGAUUCACAGGAAGGAUCCCUUGGACAUUUGGGAAGAUCCAAGAGCUAUCUAUGUUGGAUAUCUCAAGCAAUGCUCUCACGGGAACCAUACCGGAAGAGCUCGGUUUGUGCAAGAAGUUGACACAUGUUCUUCUCAACAAUAACUCUCUUUCAGGGCUUAUUCCUUCCUGGCUCGGAAAGCUUCCAUUGCUAGGCGAGCUCAAGCUUUCUUCUAACCGGUUUACCGGAUCAAUCCCUACCGGCAUUUUCAACUUGAGCAGUACUCUUCUUGUGCUAUCUCUUGAUGGCAACUCACUUAACGGCUCCAUCCCGCAAGAUGUUGGAAACUUGGAAGCUCUCAAUGUGCUCAACCUCGAAAACAAUCAGCUUUCAGGUUCUAUUCCUUCAGAGAUAGGCAAGCUGAGCAAGCUUUACGAGCUUCGGUUAUCCAGAAAUGUCUUAACCGGUGAAAUCCCUGUCGAGAUUGGACAGCUUCAGAAUCUUCAAGUUGCUCUAGACCUCAGCUACAACAACCUAACCGGAGAAAUCCCAUCCACCAUCUCGGCUCUAGAUAAGCUUGAGUCCCUUGAUCUCUCUCACAAUCAGCUUGUCGGAAAAGUUCCUGGAGCCAUCGCACACAUGAAGAGUUUAAGAUAUCUAAACCUCUCUUGCAACAAACUUGAAGGAGGAUUCAACAAAACAGCCGUCGAUAAGAUAUAG